CGCCGGCCCUCAGCGCCAGCUGCCCGGAGCGCCGCCCCAGCCCGCGCCGCCGCGAUGGCGGAGGACAGCGAGUCCGCGGCCAGCCAGCAGAGCCUGGAGCUGGACGACCAGGACACGUGCGGGAUCGACGGGGACAAUGAGGAGGAGACGGAGCACGCCAAGGGGAGUCCCGGAGGUGAUUUGGGUGCCAAAAAGAAAAAGAAGAAACAGAAGAGAAAAAAGGAGAAACCGAAUUCCGGAGGCACCAAGUCAGACUCGGCAUCUGAUUCCCAGGAGAUUAAAAUUCAGCCGCCUUCAAAAAAUCCCACCAUUCCAAUGCAGAAGUUGCAGGAUAUCCAGAGGGCAAUGGAGCUGUUAUCCGCAUGCCAGGGCCCCGCCAGGAACAUUGAUGAGGCUGCCAAACACAGAUACCAGUUUUGGGACACACAGCCGGUACCCAAACUAAAUGAAGUAAUAACAUCUCAUGGCGCAAUUGAAGCUGAUAAAGAAAACGUGCGUCAAGAACCGUAUUCCCUGCCGCAGGGCUUUAUGUGGGACACUUUAGAUUUGGGUAACGCCGAAGUGCUCAGGGAGCUGUACACACUGCUGAAUGAGAAUUACGUGGAGGAUGACGACAACAUGUUCCGCUUUGACUACUCGCCCGAGUUCCUGCUGUGGGCUCUGCGUCCCCCAGGCUGGCUCCUCCAGUGGCACUGUGGAGUCAGGGUAUCUUCGAACAAAAAGCUAGUGGGGUUCAUCAGCGCCAUUCCCGCGAACAUUCGGAUCUACGACAGCGUGAAGAAGAUGGUCGAAAUCAACUUCCUUUGUGUUCAUAAGAAAUUGAGAUCCAAACGGGUAGCCCCAGUGUUGAUUCGAGAAAUAACCAGAAGAGUGAACCUGGAAGGGAUUUUCCAGGCCGUUUAUACUGCUGGAGUGGUUCUUCCCAAGCCAGUGGCCACAUGCAGAUACUGGCAUCGAUCACUAAACCCCAGAAAAUUGGUAGAAGUAAAAUUUUCUCACUUGAGUAGAAAUAUGACUUUGCAGAGAACAAUGAAGCUGUACAGACUUCCAGAUGUUACAAAAACUUCAGGCUUGAGGCCAAUGGAACCAAGAGAUAUCAAAGCUGUUCAAGAACUAACCAACAGUUACCUGAAGCAGUUUCAUCUAGCCCCGGUGAUGGAUGAAGAGGAAGUAGCCCACUGGUUCCUCCCCCAGGAGCACAUCAUUGACACUUUUGUAGUGGAGAACUCCAGUGGUAAACUAACUGACUUCCUGAGCUUCUACACGCUCCCCUCCACAGUCAUGCAUCACCCCGCCCACAAGAGCCUCAAAGCCGCCUACUCCUUCUACAAUAUCCACACAGAGACGCCGCUGCUGGACCUCAUGAGCGACGCGCUCAUCAUCGCCAAGCUGAAAGGAUUUGAUGUAUUCAAUGCACUAGAUUUGAUGGAAAAUAAGACAUUCUUGGAAAAACUCAAGUUUGGCAUAGGCGAUGGCAAUUUACAGUAUUACUUGUACAACUGGAGGUGUCCAGGGACAGAGUCCGAAAAGGUUGGACUCGUAUUACAGUAGAUGGAUAUUUCUAUUUCUAGAACUCUGAUGUCAUCAUUUGUUAAUAUCCUAGUUAAUGAUUCCUGGAACUGCCAUUCCAAAGAAUAAAAGCACAACCUAAGUGACAUCGAAGUGUCAGUAACAGAAAAGAUGGAAAAACAUCGAUUGGUGACAUUAGAACACAUUUCUAGCUAGAAUGUUAA